UUAAACACAAAAGUUUAUAUCAAAACAGCUGGAUAUGCAACAGUGGAGAUAACGUGUCUCAAAAGAGAAAGGAACAAGGUUUAGCACAUGUGUAUGCAAGUCGUACCGGCACUAUAUGUAUAUGUAACUACACCGUAGCUGCAGUACUUCUACUCUAUUAACGGUGGAAGUAAUAUAUGUAUAUAUAUAUACACACACACUAGUAAGUGAGUGAGUGAUAAGGUUAUCACAUUAUUAAAAACACCAUAACCAACAAUAUUUUAUCAUAAAGGGUAAAGCUGGGUAAAGCUCACAGUGCAUAAGUUAUUACAACAAUAGAUUAUUGUAGUAGUAAACUAGUCAUACAGUAUAUAAAUAUACAUGCAAAAGGAUAAUUUAUUGUACAUUAGUUUUUGUUAAAAAAAAACAACCAAAUGCCAUUUAUGAUUGGUAGAGCACCUAUACGAAGAACAUUAAAUUAUUUAAAUGCUGGUACAAUAAUAUUGAAAGACGAAAUACAAAUAUUUUCUAUUAAUUACAACAUACGUGGGAAUCAUCAUCAAGGAAUCAAGGAUUUCAUAUUUUGGCAUAUUUCACAGCUUCAAUAUAAAAAUCCAAAAGUGCAAGUUAUUACUUUUAAAAAUAUGACACCAACACCUUUCAUAAAAUGUUACUAUGAAAAUGGAAACACUAUGUUAAUUGAUGUAGAUGACAAAUCCAAAGAUGAAAUACUAAUGCAUCUCAGACGUGUAGUUUGUAAAUCAAAAGAACUUCAGAAAGAAGAAAGUAUCAAGAAGGAAAAGAAAGAUAAUCCUGCAAAUUUUGGUGUUGGUUGUUCACGAAGCUGUAUUUGUGUAGUACCUGGUCAGAUACCAUGUCCAGCUAUAGUACCUUUACCAUAUCAUAUGCGUGGAAAAUACAAAUAUCAAAAGAAAGAUGACUAACUCUGAUGUAAAACUUAUUUCAUAAAUACAAUAGGAAUCAUUAUAUUAAACUCAUAUUCAUCACUAA